GCUAGAGGGGAGGCUCCGACGUCUCCUUCCUUCCUGGUUCCCGCAGCAGCUGCUGCCACUGCUCAGCUCCGUGAGGAGGGAGCCGGUGACUCGGAGACGGUGACUCAGAGGCAGAGCGCCGCGAGGGCCAAGGAGCACAGGCGUCCAUGGACCCUGGGGGUUCCCCCAGGACCAGGUGACAUCCUUCCCCUUCCGCCCUGCUCUACAUCCUCAGCAGGGAGUGGCAUUUCUCUUCUCCAUGGACUUCCAAGAAAGGGACUCUCCCUCCCUGGCCGAGAGUGCCCAGUCCUCGAAGCCCAGUGGUGCCCAGCAGGCCUCUGAGCUGUGGGAGGUAGUGGAGGAGCCUCGGGGCAGGCUGGCGGCAGAGGGUAUCACACCUGAGAGGCAGGAAGGCCACCUGCUCAAGAAGAGGAAGUGGCCUCUGAAGGGCUGGCACAAGAGAUACUUUGUGCUCGAGGACGGGAUCCUUUACUAUGCGACAACUCGGCAAGAUAUCACCAAGGGGAAGCUCCAUGGCUCCAUUGAUGUCCGGCUGUCUGUCAUGUCCAUCAACAAAAAGGCCCAGCGCAUUGACCUUGACACUGAAGACAACAUCUACCACCUCAAGAUCAAGUCCCAGGACCUGUUCCACAGCUGGGUGGCCCAGCUGCGUGCCCACCGCCUGGCCCAGCGCCUGGACAUGGCCCGCAGCCUGCUGCCCAGCACCACGUACCGGAAGGUUCCUGGCACCCAGCUUCCAACAGUGGGUAGCACCUCAGCCCUGCCUGGGGUUGGACCUCGGGAGAAGGUGUCUUCCUGGCUGAGGGACAGUGAUGGGCUAGACCGCUGCUCUCACGAGCUCUCUGAGUGUCAAGGCAAGCUCCAAGAACUCCACAGACUCCUGCAGAGCCUGGAGUCCCUGCACCGAAUCCCCUCAGCCCCUGUUAUCCCCACACACCAGGCCUCAGUGACAACCGAAAGACCCAAGAAGGGGAAACGGACCAGCCGCAUGUGGUGCACGCAGAGCUUUGCCAAGGACGACACCAUUGGACGGGUGGGUCGUCUCCACGGCUCUGUGCCCAACCUGUCUCGCUAUCUGGAGUCUCGGGACUCCUCGGGCCCCCGUGGGCUGCCACCCACAGACUACGCCCACCUGCAGCGCAGUUUCUGGGCCCUGGCACAGAAGGUGCACAGCUCCCUCAGCAGUGUCCUGGCCGCCCUCACCACCGAACGGGACCGACUGAGGGACCUGCACCAGGGCUCAGAGCUAUCAAGGAUGGGGGUCUCCGAGGCCCCAGCUGGCCAGAGGCGCCUCCACUCGCUGUCCAUCUCCUCAGACACCACCGCGGACUCCUUCAGCUCCCUCAACCCCGAGGAGCAAGAAGCUCUGUACAUGAAGGGGCGAGAGCUGACCCCCCAGCUGUCCCAGAGCAGCAUCCUGUCCCUUGCCGAUUCCCACACAGAGUUCUUCGAUGCCUGUGAGGUUCUCCUCUCUGCCAGCUCUUCUGAGAACGAGGGCUCAGAGGAGGAGGAGUCGUGCACCAGUGAAAUCACCACGAGCCUGUCUGAGGAGGUGCUGGACCUCAGGGGAGCCGAGCGCUGUCAGAAAGGGGGGUGUGUUCCAGGGCGAGCCGCAGGGCCACCCCGCCGCCGCUGCCUGCCCGCAGCCAGCGGGCCUGGGGCCGACGUGAGCCUGUGGAACAUUCUGCGCAACAACAUCGGCAAAGACCUGUCCAAGGUGUCGAUGCCCGUGCAGCUCAACGAGCCGCUCAACACGCUACAGCGGCUCUGCGAGGAGCUCGAGUACAGCAGCCUCCUGGACCAGGCCAGCCGCAUUGCCGACCCCUGCGAGCGCAUGGUGUACAUCGCAGCCUUUGCUGUCUCUGCCUAUUCCUCCACGUACCACCGAGCGGGCUGCAAGCCCUUCAACCCUGUUCUGGGGGAGACCUACGAGUGUGAGCGUCCUGACCGAGGCUUCCGUUUCAUCAGUGAGCAGGUCUCCCACCACCCCCCCAUCUCAGCGUGCCAUGCGGAGUCUGAGAAUUUCACCUUCUGGCAAGACAUGAAAUGGAAGAACAAGUUCUGGGGCAAAUCCCUGGAGAUUGUGCCUGUGGGGACAGUCAAUGUCAGCCUGCCCAGGUUUGGGGACCAUUUUGAGUGGAACAAGGUGACGUCCUGCAUUCACAACAUCCUGAGUGGCCAGCGCUGGAUCGAGCACUAUGGGGAGGUCCUCAUCCGAAACACACAGGACAGCUCCUGCCACUGCAAGAUCACCUUCUGCAAGGCCAAGUACUGGAGUUCCAACAUCCACGAGGUGCAGGGUGCUGUGUUCAGCCGGAGCGGCCGUGUCCUCCACCGACUCUUCGGGAAGUGGCACGAGGGACUGUACCGGGGACCUGCGCCAGGCGGUCAGUGCAUCUGGAAACCCAACUCGAUGCCCCCAGAUCACGAGCGGAACUUCGGCUUCACUCAGUUUGCCUUGGAGCUGAAUGAGCUGACGGCAGAGCUGAAGCGGUCCCUGCCUUCCACCGACACAAGGCUCCGGCCGGACCAGAGGUACCUGGAGGAGGGGAACGUACAGGCCGCUGAGGCCCAGAAGAGAAGGAUCGAGCAGCUGCAGCGAGACAGGCGCAAAGUGAUGGAAGAGAACAACAUUGUCCACCAGGCCCGCUUCUUCAGGCGGCAGACGGACAGCAGCGGGAAGGAGUGGUGGGUGACCAACAACACCUACUGGAGGCUGCGGGCCGAGCCCGGCUACGGGAACAUGGAUGGGGCCGUGCUCUGGUAGCCCUGGCUCCGGGGGCAGGAGGCUCUGCUUCCUCACUCCUCCUGCCUCCACCCCGACCACGGACACAUGGGUGAGGCCAGGCUCCCCACUCACUGCCCUUGAGACCAAAGGGGCAGCCCUGGCUCUGGCCCUCUCCCCUCUGCUGGCCGGAGGGGCUGCACCCCCGCCUAUCCCCACCCCAUGGUUUGGGGUGAGAAGCAGUAUCUGUGCUUCCCCAGUCUCGUCACCCCAGACAACCGGCAUGUAAGACCCUUCUUGCUCUGUCAUUUCCCUUCCUGUCCCCCUUGGGGUGCUUACGGGAGACUCCAGACUCCCAGGAUCUGUUCCCCAUUUCUGUGUCUUCUUAGGACACAGGGGACCCCUUGAUGCUCCCAGGCUUUCUGUGCCCAGGGCUCUGUCCCUAGCCGUGAGAUCCCAGUGAGUGACGAAGAGGAAAUGGCCUUUCCUUCCACCCCACCCCCACUCCCCAUCUCCAGUGUCUUCUCUGCCUUGCCCUGGGCCAGCAGGGCUUCUCCAGCUCCCUGCAGUUGGUCCCUGGGCAUCCUUCCCAUCCUUCCAAACUGCAAAAUGCCUGCAGCUUCCAGCUCCUUUGUCCCUGAUCCUCAAGUGGUUCCCUUUAGUCUCAGCAGAUUCCCCAGAGGGGACAAGGCCCCUCCAAGAGAGGGGAGCAGCCCGAGGCGCCUGGCCUCUGACCCACGGGCAAUGAGUGUGUGAGUGUCUGGGUGUCUCAGGUUUCGUAGCAGAGCAUGUGCGUGCGUGCGUGUGCGUGUGUGUGUGUGUGUGUGUGUGUGUGUGUGUGUGUGUGUGCGCGCGCGCGUGCGCCCGCCCGUGUCCUGCUUGCAGGCGAGCAGGGUUCCUUCAUGUAGCCCGGACAUCCCCCUGCGGGGUGUCUGCCAGCACUGCUGCUCACUUUCCCAGUCUGCCUCUGAGGAAGGUGGAUUGCUCUGACAUUCCAAGCUCCAAUAAAGACUGUCCCAGAA